AUGGAGAUGGUUCUCAAUAAGAAAGUACACCUCGCCGACGUUGAGGGAGAAGACUUCGACUGCGCCGUGUUGGAAUCGUCGUUGUCAUCGGUUCUGGGCUUCCUCGACGCAACCUCUCGCGAGCCAGCCCGAGCCAUGGAGUUUGACAAACAUCGUGAAAACCAAGAAGGACCUCACUUUCCUGUGGGGGAAGCCGUAGCAGACCAUCUGCUGCUUUACUUGUCCGAGGCCGAUUCGCAGGCCCCAAGCAUCCUACACUCCGAGACCGACCACAAGAGGACUAGUGAUACCACGGGUGGGGCGGAGUCAGCAAGCGUUUGCAAGAUUGCAAACCCCGGUCAAACCGCUCAUAUUUUGGAUAUGGUAGAGGACACAAGAGCCGCGGCACAGCUGCCCGGAUUGCCGCGAUCGGGCCAGCAGCCGCGGCUGGACGUACAGGUCUUUUCCCAGGACGCACCGGCCGCUGAGAAGCGGCCUUCAAGCUCCUGCUGUUCGAGCGACGGCGUAGGCAGCAGCGGUAUCGGCGACGUUGCACCGGAUCUGGGAUUCAAGGUUGCAGACGUCUGCAAGGCCACCGUGAGGGACAUGCUCAAGGAGGUUCUCCUAGACAACCUGCCGAUGCAGGACGCGGUCGAGGUGAUGUUUAAGGUGGACUCGCACCGGGGCUGGAAUGAGAUUCGCACGUGCGCCACCAGCCUGAUCGCCUCGUCCAUGUCAACCCUGCCGUACCGCGGCAGCGCCAGCGUGCCGUCGACGCCGGCCAAGAGCUCCCCUAGGAGCGGCGCGGCCGCUGGCGGCAGCGGAAUGUCCAUGCCGCCGCCACCACCGCCGCCGCCGUCAAUGUUGCCGCAGCUGCAGCUAGCUGACGCGGCGGCAGCAGCGGCGAUGGCCCCGCCGCCCCCGCCACCCCCGCGGCCGUCGCCGUCCGGCGGUGGUGGCGCUUCUCUGUCAUCAAUUGCCGCCGCCGCUGCCGCCGCGGCGGUGGCACCUCUGACGCCAGCACGUUCGGCGCCGAGCGUUAUUCAGCUGCCAAGCUUUGUCUCUUCUGCCGUCGGCAUCGGAAGCCCACGACUGGAGGACGCUGCCGCCGCCGCCGCCGCCGCCGCCGCCGCUGCGGCUGCUGGCGGCCGCGGGGCGCUCGGCAGCGGCGGAUCGACGCCGCUGCCCAGCGGCCCCGGAGGAGGCAUUGGCGACGGCGCCGGCGACGCUCCUUCACCCUCCGAGAUCCUCUUCCGGCGUACUCUUCGGACUUUUGCAGCAGCAUCCGAACCUCAUGGAGUGCUUCCACACAAUCCGCAGCUGCUCUCGUCCUUCAUGGGCGCGUCUGGAGGAGGCGGCGGCGGCGGCGGCGGGGGUAUGUUGCCGGCGGAGGGUCUGUCCGUCGCGCCGCCGCCGCCGUUCGAGCACGGCGGCGGCGGCGGCGGUGGUGGUGGUGGCGGGUACGGCGCAAUGCUGGCGGGGUUGCACCACCCGCAUCUGGGCAGCCCGCUUGGCAGCGGUCUGCAGUCCCCUCCGUCGAUGCCGUCGCCGGCGGCGGUGACGGCGCACGGCGCCGCCGCGGGCAUGUGGAGUAGCCCGCUACCGUCUCACGGAUCUCCUCUCUCCGGCGGCGGAGGUGGCGGCGGUGGCGGCGGCCACUUUAACAGCCCGCAUUCCCACAGCACCGCAACGCCCAGUGGAUUGGAGGCAAUACACAUGCUGAUGGGCAGCGGCGGCGGCGGCGGCGGCGGCAACGGCGGCGGCCUUGUGCUUCAGGGCACAGACCCCACGGCAGCGGGAUACAGCUGCAAGACCUUCGAAGAGCUCAGUCCUGCCGUACGCGAAAAAAUCCAAAACGUGCUUGACACGUGUGGCCCGCACGUGCGAGCCGAGCAUUUCGACGCUGGUGUACGGCACUGGCUGUUGCAGCUGCAGAUGUUGUUUGGCGAGCUGUGUGCCGUAUCUGCACUACACGCCAUUGAGACGGCGGCCAAUCUGGAGGGUGUACGGCGCAUGAAAGCCUUCAUCACGACUCGUCUUAUCGAUCAUUACGAGCAGAUGGUCUGGGCUCAAGACCCACAGGGUUACGCGAUGCGCAAGUUGACCCCCGAUUUAAUUGCCGUACUGGAGGACCUGGUGCAGAGCGACAAGGGCCUCAGGUGGACGCAUUUCGACCCGAAAGUCCUCGACACCAUUCGGGAGAUCCGUACACCGGAUGCCGUACGCACCCGGCUCAGCAAGCUAUGUGCCCAAGAGCUCAACGGUGUUCAAAACGUACCCGCCUACCUGUACACGCUCCUCUCCAAACGCGGCAAGACCGCCAAGCAGGCCGCAGCGCAGAAGCAGAUGCAGGAGUUUGCGCUGCGUCUGGCGGCGGUCCAGGGUGUUGGCGGCGUCGGCGGAGUCGGUGGCCUUGGCGGUGGCCUUGGCGGUGGCCUUGGCGGCUUCGGCGGCGGUGGCUCCGCCACUGCUGUCGGUGGUCUCGGCGGUAUGGGCAGUGGACUUGGCGGGCUGGGGCACAUGAUUGGCGGCGUCGGUGGCGGCGGCGUCGGCGGUUUUGGUCCGCUGGGAGGCCUGGCGGCGAUGGGGCUGGGCGGGCACGGCGGUCAUGCUGCUGCCCCGUACGGCGCGUCACCGUACGGUACCGGCGGCGCUGGCGCGCCGUACGGUGCUGGCACGGGUGGAGGUCUGGGCGCGCUGGGUGGCUACGCGGGGAUGGGCUUUGGGGUUUGA